GUGAGAAACAAACUAAUAUUUAUUAACGGAAAAACUGGCGUCAGCUCAUAUACGAUUUACGUAAAAGAAAAGCGCAAACUAUAUACCGGCAAACAAAUCGCGUAAAAAUACAAAACAAAAAUUAUUUUUUAGAAGCAAAGUUGUUAUAAAAAUCAGUUCAGAAUGACCGUCGAUGAAAAGGAAUGUGUGGAGGUUAUAAUCAAAGGUGAACCCAUACUUAAAUCAGUCGAGCUAAAGAAUAUUGGCUUUCUCGAGCCGCAACCGGUUAUCGUCAAUUGUCCUGCCUGCGAAGCUGAAGCACUAAGCACCGUGCGUCUGGAGGCGGUUACAUGUUUGCAACGGUUUCUCAACGCAACAAAGAUGUGUAAAAAUUGGCAGCGUCGCACCGAUAUCAAUCACUAUUGCAGCAAAUGUGGCUGCUAUAUCGGCCGUUAUGUGCCGAUAAAUUGCAGUGAACGUUGCAUAUCGCGCAGCGCUCGAAAAAUGGCCGCAAACGACAGUAUGUCCCUGAAGACACGACCGCAGGAUUGUGCCGAGAAAGUGCAGAAGACUCGCGGGAAAGUGAAAGCAAAGCGCGCUGCAGCAAAAGCAGAGAAAGAGGCAGCGGAAUCGCAGGUGACGACAGUAAUGCCAGAGGACGCAAAGUGAGGAAAGAAAGAGAAAGAGAGAGAGGGAGAAAAAGAGGGAGAGAAAGACAGAGUAAUAAGAGAGAAUGCGUUGAAAAAAUACAGCACAUGAACUUAUUCAAAAAUUCUGCUAACUGAGUUAUUUUGUUAAUAUUUCCUUAUGAAAACAUGGUGCAUUCUGCUGCAAAAAUAAUACUCGUAUAAGCCUUAGUCUAAAACUUUGUGCAAAUUAAAAAAAAAUUCAAAAAAUGUCAAACCUUUUUAGAAAAAUCUUAGGUAUAGAGUUUUCUGGCCUACUGAAUUUCGAUAUAAUAAAGUGUAAGUCUGAAGGACUUAAAAAUCGCGUUGA